AUGAUUUCCUUAAGGACUGCAAUAACGGCUAAUCAAGAAGAAAAAAUAACUGUGAAAAUUGCUACUCAACAGAAACAAGAAAAUCUAGCGUCAUUGACGUCUAUAGAUAAAUCUGUAUAUAACGAUACUGCUGCUACAUUAACAUCAUCCUCAUCAUCAUCUUUAAAAUCUGUUAAUAAUAACAGUGGUGGUAGUGGUACUAGUUAUUCUCACAGCAGUAACAAUAAUAGCAAUAAAUCACAACAAUAUCAACAACGCUUCCAUAAUAAGCCGCAAUAUAAUAACAACAAUAAUAAUCAUAAUAAUUACGGAUUUCAACAGCAAAAACAUUCAACAACACAAUCACCUAAUAAUAACGGUUUUAUAAUUGAAGGUAAUAAAAAUUUUAAAAAUAUUGAUAAUAUAAAAGAUAACAAUAACGGACAUUUAAACGGUGAUAAUAAAAAAUAUAAUAUCAAUAACAGUGGUAUUAACAACAAUACAAAUAAGAAUAACGUUGGUGUAAAUAACACCAGCACAAACAGUGAAAAUUUUUCUUACGGUUUUUCAAAAAAUUUCGCCAAAAUUCGUCAACACGAUUCAGACGUAAGCCCUCGACCACGGCGACCGUAUCAAAACGAUUCGUCGUCGCGUUACUAUAAUAAAAGUAGUGACGGCACUGGUCAAGGUAGAAUAAUCAGCGGUGAUACCGUUAAUUCACGUAACAUACCAACCUCCAUUGGUGAGGGAGGCGGUGGCGGCAGUAGACGCCAAUUUAUAAAUAGUAAUAUUGAUUACAAUAAUAGUUUAAAUCAAUCAAGUGGAUACAAUAAUCGCAGUGUAACACCACCGGACCCUAUUAAAGGGGGUGGUUUUAAUAAUUCAAAUAAUAUUGGUGGCGGUAAUAAUAUUGGUGGUCAACAAGGUGGUUCGUAUAUAAAUAAAAAUCAUUAUAAUAAUUAUAAAAAUCCAUAUAAUAACGGAAGAGAGAAUAACUAUUAUAAUAAAUAUAACGAAAACGGUAGUGGCGGCGGUGGUGCUGGUGGUCGCCCUCAAUACAAUAGAGGAAGUGGAAAUAGCGGCAUCGGUGAAUUAAGAGAAUAUUCACCAUCUGCGUCACCAAAUUUAAAUGGAGGUCCACGUUUAGCUGGUUCUUUACAACGUAAUAUUGCUAGUGAAAAUAAUCGAGGGUUAUCAAACAACAUUAAUAAUCGAGGACCUUCAUAUGAUAAUAACGGACCAAGAAGACCUAUAAAUAACAACAACAAUAACAAUUAUAAUAGCUUGGAAAGAGGUGUAGAUCGUAACGACAGAGACAGGGACAGAGAUCGAGGUAUUGAUAAAUUUGAUAGAGAUCGCGGUUUCGACAGAGUUGGUGUAGACAGAGAUCGUAUUGAUAGAGACAGAAACGAACGCUAUCCAUCGGAAAGAGAAAAAAGAUUCGAACACAUUGAUAAAUUAGAACGAGGACCCUUACCACCUUCAGUUCUUAGGCCAGAUAGCAGACCUUUGUUAUCAGAAAAUAGUAACAAUACUGGAAGACAGCCUUACCAAGGUAGAGACUCUGGUAAUUAUUCACCUCAAUCUUCAUCAGCUUCACCGAUUGGUGGUUCACCAAAACGGGAUGAUAUAAAGGGAAAUGGAGGUACAUCUAAGUCAGAAGAAAAAUCGGUAGAUCGUUGGAUACCACCAUCAUUAAGGUCGCAACAUGUUCUUACACAACAAGAUAAAAAUGACGCUGUUUUCCGAAAGGUAAUAUUUAUAUAA